AUGCCGGCUUCAGAAUGCCCUGCAAAGAUGCAUCCUAUCAGCGAACCGCAGGUUAUAGAAGACGACGUUAUGUCUUUAGCUACCACUGCUACAUCAGAAGAAGGCUCACCGUUUAUGUCUUUAAUCACCCAUUUCUCCAGGUGGGAGAGACUGAAGAGAGCAGUAGCAGUAUUCAUAGCAUUUUUGGCUUUCUUACAAAACAAAGAACAAACUAUAAAUUUAAGGACCACACAGAUCAUGCAAAAGGCUGAAAAGGCAAUAGUUUGCUUUAUACAAAAGAUCACCUUUGCAAACGAGGUCGAGAAUCUCAAGAAAACAACCAUGAAAGAAGACAAGAGAGAACACUCACUACCAAAAACAAGUAAGAUAUUCCGUCUCGACCCAGUGUCAUCGACGGAACUUCUGCGAGUGGGAGGACGCCUCUCGAAAGCCGCAAUGGACUAUGACGUGAAACAUCCAAUGCUACUGCCACAACACUUUCACGUCACGACUCUAAUCAUACGAGAUGCUCAUGAGAAACACGGCCAUGCUGGUAGAAAUCACACCAUUGCAGCAAUUAGAGAAAGCUUUUGGAUUGUUUCAAUCAACUCUGCUGUCCGACGUCAACUCCAGAAAUGCAUAACGUGCCAGAAAAAAAUAAGAAAGCCCUGCCAAGAGCAAAAAAUGUCCGACUUACCUCAAGAUCGUCUCGAGCCAGCUCCACAUUUACAUUCACAGGCGUAG